AGUCAUCCAAUUCUGCGUUCAUCAUGGCGGCUGUUUUUUUUUUGGAUUUAGAUAGUCAGUCUCAGUAAACAUCAUUUUUUUCGCUUGUCCGACUAAGGAAGAGACGCACUCAACGCAGUGACUUGGUUUCGCAGUUUAUUCGUCCAAGUACUACUGUUGAAAAUGGAGUUAGUAGUAGACCACAGUGUUUUUGCAAAACUUAUGCAAAGUCUUACACAUCAGCGUUUUUCUACUACCGCUAGAUUCAUGAGCCAUGUGGACUGACGUUCUGUCAGACGACUCCUCGUGGAAAAAGUGGCGCGCGAACUCGAAAGAACGAAAGCAGGAGCAUACGACAAGAGACGGACAUUCAACGAGCGAAGUGCGGCCGCAGGAACAGGAGCACGAUAAUUUCAGCAAAAAUUCGCAUCCGGUUAUUGCGGACGCCUCGGGCAGUGCCUCAGCGACAACUGCGACUCUCGGCGGCGACGAGUGUGGACAAGCUACUCUCGGACAAGAAGCAACAUCCUCUUUUUCCAUACCAGCUGGGCUGCCAGUACAAAGCCGGAUGAACAACCUGGACCAUUCGUCAAACAUGACAGCAGAUCAGGGCAACAAGAGCCAGCCUUCGUGCCGGGACACCAGCAUGGCUUCUCCAGCGACGCCCACGCUGGGGUCUAGUGGCAAACAACCGAAGAACUACACCAGGGAUCACCAAAACGUUGGCGCGAAUGGUGCGGAGGAGAAUCCUACUCUCCGCCAAGCUGGAUACAGUGAGAGGCAUCCGCAGACCGUUUCGUCUGCCUCCGCGUCUUCGUCAAGAUCCGGCACCACUGUGGUCCCCCACACGGCAUCUUCAAAAACCGCUCGUCCAGGCACUUAUUGUUCCUACACCCGUCCCAUGCCUGAUUCCGUGUGGAGCACCGCCUCCAGUUCAACGCGAGACUCCCGCGCCACGGUUUCGUCCAGCAGUAACGCUGGUGGCUGGGAGGAGGAGCGACCACAUUGGCCACAAGAACCGGAAAUACGAAAUUGUGAGAUGGAUGAUCAUGAGAAGCCUCCUUUGGAGAUGCAAAUGCAAUCGCAGCCGCCGGCUGGACCGACGACGCCGGACGAAGACUCCAUGUGUUGCGAAGACGCAGAGGAGGUUUUGGAGGGAAUAAACGACCAGCAGGCUGCGAUUGUGGAGGACCUCGUAGACGUCGAUUAUGACAACAAGGCGGUGAUCGAGCGGCAACCUGUAGGAGUACAACAAACAGGUCACGAUCGAAAUACGGCUUGUUUAGACCCAGGAGCUCAACCUCGUGAGCAAAUAGAAAUCCGACAUAUAGCACCAGCUGCGACCACCGGGACAUCAAUAAGCUACGGAAGUACAAUAAAGAGCGACGCGAGUAUAUCGUAAGGAAAAAUCCCCCCUCCCCAUAUCAAAACGAUGUUUCUGAUGCUGGAUUUGUGUACACGAAUCAGAUUUGUCGUGCUGGCGAGGACUGCAGGCCCAUAUCAAGCCUCAGUAGACAGGUUUUGGCCUAGGCGAUUAGCUAGACAGACGUCUACGCUGUAGGAGCAACAGCAUGACAAACCGCCUAUAGAAUGUGGCGGAGCCUGUAGAUUUGCCUUCAUGCAAUACAGCGACGAUUUGUGGUCUCAAAUCAGCAUCACAAAUUUUCAGAAGUAUCCCGGUUUGGUAUGGGGAGGGGGGAUUUUUCCUCACAAUAGAGUACUAUUCGGGAUGUGGAUUCCACGCACCUGUCCACCCCUAGAGACCUCCACAGCGCAGGGUGGCCCAGCCCGGGGAGCAGCGUGGUGGGGCAGGAGGAAAAUCAUACUUCUAUUUGUACACCGGAACAACAAGAAGCUGUUGAUCAUGGUGCGACUAUGGAGGUUGAUACAGUAGAGAAUUCAACAUCCCAGCAUGGAGCCGAAUAUCAAUACAACAGAACAGGGGUAGAACUACAACGAGAUGAACACGACCAAACGUAUGAAAUAAACCGAGCGAGGAAUAAUGUGCAGCAUCACAUCCAGCAAGAUGCAACGCUCCACAUCAACCAGUGCGCCGCUGAGCAAAAUUUUCCAUCUACGUCUCAUGGUUACCAACAAACUCAAGUUUCAGUUUCACACGGAAAUCCUAGCGCUGCGGCCCACAAUUUGCAACGGACCGAGACAUACUUGAGCUACUCGAGCCAAGGGAGCGUGGCAUCAUCUGCAGUGGAUCUUCAGCCGGAUCAUGCUGGGAACAACUACGCCGGCGGGAACAACGCGGCUAGUGCGGCUUCCUCGGGAGGCCAAGAAGCACAGCCACAGCACCAACAGUUUGUUCACCCGCCCAACAUGAUGAACAACUACACCAGCGACACAACACCAGCGACCAGCAGCGCGCAAGCGAUGCAGCAAGAUGAACCCAUGCAGACAGACGAAUUGGUGAUGGAACAGGAGCAACAGAAGGAAGUUCUACCGUCCGCUCCUCCUUCCAGCAAUCAGAAUCUAAGCGCCGCGGGCAGCGUUGGAAGCAGAACGGACUGGAAGUCCAUCGAUGCGACAACGUUUGUGGCUUCGCACCCCGCCAAGGGACGUUGUCUCUUCACUGCGAAACCGUUCGCCGCGGGGCAGCCAAUCUUCGCUGAACCGCCCACAUUAGUCGCGGUGCAAAGCAUGCACACAGACUUAUGGGACCAGUUGGACCGAAUGCACAAAGGAAACACGUUCUGUCUGGGAAGUUUCACGUUUCACUACGCGGCGCUCCUCAGCUGGAUUCUGCUUGGCGAAGCCGACUUGCGUAUUUCGAGUGUUUUUUCAUUUGUCAUAUAAAUAUGCGUCUCGACUUUUGCCAGAACGGCUCUAAAUGGUACUAUACCCGUGUUUGUCAGGAGAAAAACUCAAGAUGGUUAAAAAGCACAGCUACGCUUCGCACCUUUUUUUCUGCCCUUCUCGAUGAUGUUGCGAAAACGUCGAAAAUGCAUUCAUCAAACCUAGGUGUUAUUCUAGACAAAUUCGUUCCGGACGAGGACACGGAGGACGAAUCCGUGAAGACCGACGUCGUCCGAAUUCUGAGGAGCGCGCGAUUGCAGACCAUCUUCGCGAAUUCCCGGGCGCAGGUGGCCGCCCGGAUGCCGGCGAGCCAGAUGCACACCCUAGAGCUGACGGAGAAGCUAUUACAAUGAAAAAUGCCCCCACCCCCGAACUUGGGGGCAUUUGUAUUGCAAACCUUUCCAAAUGAAACAUUCGCCCUCAAGCAUCUAUCAGCAUCACAGGUUUCCAAUCGUGAAUAGGAAAAAUUUGUAUUGCAAAAGACCCCAACAAGAGCAGCGCUUGUGAUGCAAGCGAUGCGAUGCACGCCUAGACUCUGCAUCAGAAAGGUUCAGACUCCUUUAAUGCAUGAUAAAAAGUUUUCAUUUGGAAACUUCGCAUCACAAGCUGUUGCAACUCUGGGGGUGGGGGCAUUCUUCACUGUAAUAGAAGCUCUUCUCCACGCUUGUCGGCGCGUGGCGGUACAACAGUUUCGGCCACCACACGGAAGUAUCAAAUGUAAAAAUGUCUGGGUCUGGAAGAUUUCUAGAUUUGUCAUGCAUAUUUUCCAUGACCCAUGAUGUCUGUGAUGCAUGCCGUAGCAUCACAGAUUUUUAGAGUGCUUUGUGAUGCCUCUACAGCAUGAGAAAUGACCUCUCCGCGUAGCACAAACUGGAGUCCUCUUGCUGGUCAUGCAAUACAAUUUUUUUCAGAAUCCAGAGACAGCAUCACAAGUUUAGAAUGUUCCAGACCCAGACAUUUUUACAUUUGAUAGGAAGAGGGGCUGGUUCUGUACAACCGAAUCAGUAUGAUCGCGCACGGCUGCGACCCGAAUUGUUGCUGGACCUACGGGGAGGGCGACAGCUUCGUGUUGCGGGCCCGACGGGCGCUGAGGGAACAGGAGGAGCUCACGAUUAGCUACCUGCAGGACGAGGAUCUGCUGAAGGCCUGCAACAUUCGUCGCAAAAAACUGGAAAACUGGAAGUUCUUCUGCAAAUGCGACCGAUGCGAGGUACGAAAUAGAUGUAAUUUUUGGGCAGAUGCUUAUUUUGAAAGCUUUCUUUAUUCGGGGCUUUACUUUUUGCACUGAGAAGUUACGUCGUACAGAAACAACUUUCUGACAACCUAAUGUAGUAGACUACUAACACAGUCGAGGGCGAAUUGUGUGCAUUCCAUUCAUGAACGAAAUGUCGUGCCUGGAAAAAAAAACAGGAGUACAUCGACCGUAUCCGCACCUUCCGGUGCUUGAAGUGUCGUACGGGUGGGCACUCCGUGAUGCAGACGCAGACGGGGCCCGUGGACGUGGAGUAUGCGCUCACGGCCUGCAAUCUGUGCGGCAAGCCCGCCGAUGCGGGCGACAUUUUCCAGCUGGAACCCGACUACGUGGAGCGGGUGCAGGCCUUGGAUCCCGAGAACAUCGGCGACAUCGAGCUCGUGUACUUGCUAACCUUAUUCAUUUCUGUAGGAACAACAAGAUUUCGUUUCAAUUUCAUCUGCGUGUCACGCUUUGAGAUUUCAAUUUGCGUGCAUCUUAUGUUCUACAUAUGCAUCGAGGAAUAUGAAGUGGAACUGCUUUGCUGGUGGCUCUUCAUCUUUUUUCCCACCGAAGGUUGUGUUUUCCUAGGUCCUCAAAUGAAGAUCGUGUCCAUAAUAAAAUAUUAACCACAGGUACUCUGCCGCGUUAGAAUUUUUUCACCCCUCGCACUGGUGUGUCUACCACCUUGAGGAUCUUUUGCACAACUGCAAGAAGGAGAAAACCGAGUUGAGCCACUUCGAGAACAAGGUGAAGCUUCGGUGUAACGCCGCCUCCACGGCGCACCUGCGAAACAAAAUCUCGUUUCACAGUUCGUUCUUCACGCGCCCGACCUUUUUGUGGGCCUGGGCCCUGGAGGAACUGGCCGACCGACGGGUGAACGAGGAGAUCGCCCGGGCGCAGGAGAGAUGUUUCGCCGGAUCGGGGGGCGUGCAGGUGGGCGCGGGGGGGCGGCUGUAUGCGAAGUACGAGCCGCCCGCACCGUCACGGCAGGUCGCGGCGCAGCAAAUGGAGGUAGCGCACCUCGUCGAGUGCCUCACCUACUACCGCCAGGCGCAAUCCUUGUUGAGCAUCCUCUGCGGCGAAAACCACGAGCUUGUGCGAGGCGCGAGCGAAAAAGCGACUGGCAUGGACGAGGCGCUGCGCAAAGUAAACGAAAAGCAUACCUGAAGUCUGUAGGCUUCUUGUAUGUUGUGUGUAUCACGAACGCGACAUCUGUAAACAAACGAAACGAAAGGAAUACAAUAUGAAGUAAAUCGAAGUACUUAUAAU